UCAGGCCCCGUAUGUGCCAGCGCCACGGGCCCAGAGCCGGACAAGGAGCGUGUGACACGGAUGGACAUAGCUGACGUAAGAGAGGUGCUGUCCAAGCAGAGACGGGAGAUUGAGACUCUGCAGCUGGUGGUGGACGUGGACGGCAACAUGGUGAACGAGAUGAAGCUGCUCAGGAAGGAGAGCAGGAACAUGAACUCCAGGGUGACCCAGCUCUACAUGCAGCUGCUUCACGAGAUCAUCAGGAAGAGAGACAACUCUCUGGAGCUGGCCCAGCUGGAGAACCGGGUUCUCAACGUCACCUCAGAGAUGCUGAGGCUAGCCUCGCGCUACAAGGAGCUGGAAGGGCGUUUUGCAGCGAUGGCGGGGGUGGUGAACAACCAAUCGGUGCUGAUCGCUGCGUUGGAGGAGCAGUGUCUGCGGACCCUGGGGCGCAGUGAGAUGCAGGUGGUCCCCCCGCUGGUCCAGGUGGUCCCAGAGAACAUCCCCGUCAACAGCCGCUUCACCAACGAGAUACAGAGGGAUCACAACAACCGGGCAUUCCCGCGGGAGUCACGCAUGGACUCCCCCACCGCCUCCCCAUUUGGACUCAACCCGCCGCCACCGCAGGGCACGCUCACCUCAGACGGUCCGUUUAAGGACUGCUACCAGGUGCGCCAGGCGGGCCACAGCACCAGUGGGAUGUACCUGCUGAAGGCAGAGAGUAAUGAACAGCUGAUCCAGGCCUGGUGUGAACACAGCCUAGACAACGGAGGCUGGACCGUGCUACAGAGGAGGAAGGAUGGAUCGGUCAACUUCUUCAGGAACUGGGAGAACUACAAGAAAGGCUUUGGGAACAUAGACGGUGAAUACUGGCUGGGUCUGGAGAACAUCUUUAACCUGGGAAAGCAGGGGGACUACAAGCUGCUGGUAGAGCUGGAGGACUGGGUGGGGAAGAAGGUGUAUGCUGAAUACAGCAGCUUCCGCCUGGAGCCUGAGAGUGAGGGCUACCGCCUGAGACUGGGCACCUACCAGGGAAACGCUGGAGACUCCCUCAGCAGCCACAAUGGGAAAAUGUUCACCACGCUGGACAGGGACAAGGAUGCUUUCUCAGGUAACUGUGCCCACUUCCAUAAGGGGGGUUGGUGGUACAACGCCUGUGGUCAGACCAACCUGAAUGGAGUGUGGUACAGCGGAGGGGUUUACCGCAGUAAGUUCCAGGAUGGAAUCUUCUGGGCUGAGUACGGAGGAGGAUCGUACUCCCUCAAGUCUGUCCGCAUAAUGAUACGACCUAUCGACUGAGCCUGGAACAGUCUCCACCCCACUAUCUAUGCCAUGACCUUUGACCCAUCCUAAUCCCCACCCUCCCACCCCGUGACAUCUCAACUUCUCCACCAAGCUACCCAUCAUCUUCACAUUCUUUUCCUUUCUUACAUUUUUAAGCGGAGCAGAGAAGCUGUUUUCAACUGCCGAGUCCCAAAUCCCAAAUCAAACUGCUUCAUGGAAACCCUGGUUCUUCUUCAGCCUCUCUGAAGGGAAGAUGACACAGCGUUCUGCUAUUGUUUCAGCUGUGCUUCUAUUGAGUCCUCUCUAGCAUGGCCAGACAGCCAUAUGAUAGUGCUGUGAAAGACAGCAGUGGACAGACAAAGUAUGAACUCUAACACAGAGCUAGCUGCCACGGCCUUCUACAACAGUCACUAUGUUAUACUCUGUAUGGUCCUCCACCAUGUCACACUUCAAUACGCUAUGAAGGUGGUUACAUUAGGAAUAUCAGAUGCUUAUUUCACAAAUGUUGACUGGAAAAUAAAUUGUUCAUUUUGCCAUUUUAUUUUGCUCGUCUCUAGCUGGGUCUGUUGCUAGUGAAUGCAUUUCUUCACAGCGUACUAAAGAUUUAGUAAGAAGUUCCUUAUGAUGUCAUUAGUUAAAAACGUUCCACAGUCAAAAGGUUGAGAGGCAUGCCCCCCCCAGGCUUACAAGACUUGGUACGGUCUUCAUGUAUUUAACUCUCUCCCCCUCUCUCUCUCUCUUGCUUUGUUUGGGCUUGUUGUUUCGGGGUUCCCACAGAGAAGAAACGGAUUGUAACAAUGUGCUUUGUGAUGUGGAAACAGCCCAGCUCGCUUUGGUAUGUAAAUAUAUUUGGUUUUAUUUGCGAGAGUUAAUUUAAGACGUACGAUUCUGCUGAAGCCAAAUGUUUCCUCCAUGGUCUCUCCCUUCUGUUAUUUAUAAUGAGUAUAGUCAGUCACGCCCUGCUCAAGUUUGCCCUGGUAUGGCCUUUCUGUUUAUUCCAGUAAAAAA